AUGUUGUCGCUACUGCAACUCGCGUGUGCCUUGGCGGUGCCGCCCUUAUUGAAUCAGGUCGGGGCCAAUCCGGUGCCCACCGUGCACCAAAAAUAUGCGCCCGAUUCAAUGGGCGCCGUGGCCAGCGAAAGCAGUAUUUGCAGUGGAAUUGGCAUAGAUCUCUUGCGGCAGGGCGGCAAUGCAGCCGACGCAUUGGUUAGCACCGUCUUCUGCAUUGGCGUGGUUGGCAUGUACCACAGCGGCGUUGGUGGUGGAGGCUUCAUGAUUGUUCGCAGUGCGAAUGGGAGUUACGAAUUCAUAGACUUCCGAGAAACGGCGCCAGCUGCCGCUUUCCAGGACAUGUACAACAACAACACCGAUGCCAGCAUUUUCGGCGGUCUGGCUAGUGGCGUCCCAGGCGAGGUUCGGGGUCUGGCGCAUUUGCACGAAAACUAUGGCAAGCUUCCAUGGAAACAAGUUAUGCAAGGUGCAAUCAAGACCGCAAGAUAUGGUUGGCCGGUGACACAGGACCUUGUGAGGUACAUGAAAUCGGCAAAUGCUUCUGCGCAGGUACCCAACUUCCUCGUGGAUGACCCCAAUUGGGCUCUUGACUUUGCUCCGAAUGGGACUUUGGUCGGUUUGGGUGACACUAUUACUCGCAAGAGAUACGCGAACACGUUGGAGGCAAUUGCAGAGAGAGGGCCAGAUGCCUUUUACAAGGGACCUAUCGCAGAGGCUACCAUCGCUGCAUUGCAGGCCCAGAACGGGACGAUGACACUGGAGGAUUUAGCUCACUAUACCGUGGCAAUCCGACCACCGGUCAACAUUACUUACCGUGGUUAUCGACUGUUCAGCUGCAGUGCGCCGAGCUCGGGAGAGGUUGCGCUGUCUGUGAUGAAGACUUUGGAAGGGUAUACGGACUUCUUUGCCGCCGGUCAGGUCAAUCUAAGUACGCACCGAAUGGAUGAGGCGAUCAGGUUUGGAUACGGAGAGCGAACGAACCUUGGAGAUCCAUCGUUCGUGGCCAACUUAUCCGCCUACCAAGAUGACAUGUUGAGGCCCGAGUCGGCAGCAGAAAUUCGACGCAAAAUCUCCGACUACACAACGCUGAACGUAUCCGCCUACAAUCCAUCUGGAAUCGAGUCCCUGGAAACUCCGGGCACCUCCCAUAUCGUGACCGCGGACGCAUCAGGACUGGCCAUUUCGUUGACCACAACUGUGAACUUGCUGUUCGGAUCCAACCUCAUGGUACCGGAGACGGGCGUGAUAAUGAACAAUGAGAUGAACGACUUCUCCAUCCCCGGCUCCUCCAACGCCUUUGGCUACGUCCCCAGCCCGAGCAACUACAUCCGCCCAGGGAAGCGACCUCUGUCAUCGAUCUCGCCCACAAUUGUGGAGUUCCCAAAUGGGACCCUGUACUACGUGAUUGGAGCAGCUGGCGGCUCGCGGAUCAUCACGGCGACCAUUCAGAACCUGGUGCAUGUGCUCGAUCGGAACAUGACCGUGCCGCAAGCGCUGGCAGAGCCUCGUCUGCAUGACCAACUCAUCCCGAAUCAGGUCUCUUUCGAGUAUGCCUACAACAACGAGACAGUGGCCUUCCUGAAAUCCCGAGGUCACAAUGUGACGUGGAUCAACCCGGGGCAGAGCUCCGCCCAGGGUCUGCGCCGGCUCUCGAAUGGGACUUUUGAAGCCGCUGGCGAACCUCGCCAGGCUUCGUCAGCCGGCUACGCUAUAUAG